AUGGUCGAAAAUACAACGUCCCGUCCACGUCACCUGGCAAACCGCAAGUUCGGGAAACGCACCGCUAGAGAGUCCCUGCGCACCCGUCAAAGCCACACCUCCUGUCUUGACUACUCCUGCGUUCCUCUACAUCUACAUCUCUACUGA